UUUAUUUUAUUAAGAAAACGAAAGGAUCCGAUCCGAGUCCCAUAAGGUUUCGCAAUCAAAGAUUGGGGGAAGCUCAAUCUUAGGUUUAGGGUUCUAAACAAGCUCAACGGAUUUCGCGCGAAAAUAUGGAUUACGAUGGUCAAAGAGGAUCCGCAACGGCAACGGCACCGUCGACGAUGUUGGCUUCUCUACUUAAUAGAACAGCCAAGCUCCAAGAAGAGCUUCGAAACAUUGAAAGACAAGUGUAUGAUAUGGAAACGAGUUAUUUACAGGAUCCGAGCCAAUGCGGCCACGUUUUGAAAGGUUUUGAGGGAUUCCUCUCUUCAUCCAAGAAUACUGCGGUAUUGAAGCGGUCCAGGAAGUUCCAGCCUGAAGAUAGGCUAUUCUCGUUGUCUUCUGUCACUUCACCUGCGGCUGAAGAGGUUGCUGCCGGUAGAGAUGCAGAUGGGAAAUAUUAUUACGGUGCUGGUCGGUCAAAGGGUGGAGGUUACUUUGCCAAUGGGCAAGGAAAGCCAAAAAAGGGCAGAGCUAGAGAUGCGAAAAGACUGCGACACUCUAGUGAACCAGAUUUUGAAUAUGAUGAUGAUCCCGAUGUCACAUUUUGAAACCAACUUCGAUCCGAUGAAAAACAAUCCUUGGUGCUCAAACUGAAUCAGGUGUACGUAAAGUUACAAUGUUGAAUGGCAGCUUGUACAGUAGAAAGCCUGUUUCCCAGCUAGAUUUGGGCAACAAGUUUCCCUUUUAUUUAGUAGUAUAUUACAGAUGACAUUCAUCACA